GAUGACGUGAAAACCAUGCCUCAAAUUCGUCAGGAAUUGGCAGGAAGGUAUAAGCAACUAGAGAAUUAUCGGCAACAAGAAAGUGUGCAUCGCUAUGGACGUAGUACAUACGCGAAACUGUUGCAGGAGUACGAGUGGCGGAGAUGGAGAGAGAAAAACGGGAAAGCUAGUUGUACUACUUCAUCGUCUCGUGAACAACAACAAACAUCGAGCAGUUCUAC